GUUAGAUUUGGAGAAAAUCACGCGAACAUUUCAURCUCUCAGUUUUGUUUAUCGCUUUUGCGCACUCRACUACAUUGUAAUGUUGUGAUUCACACAUUAUCACCACUAACCCUCUUUACUCCUUGCAGUUACAGGAAUAGUAAUCAUCUACAUGCAAAUAAAUGUCCAAGCAGGAAGAUACAAAUAUCUUUGGUAUACAGAAGGCUCAUUUAGCAGCCCAAAUUACCCCGGGCCAUACCCAGGUGACCUUCAUUAUACAUGGUUCAUGCCAUAUACUUCUAAAGAGCUGCRGCUUGAAUUYGUAGAACUGGAUCUUUAUAAAUGUUUCGUACAGGAGAGGUACAGAGUUUGUAACGACUUCGAUAAUGUGUACAUCAAAGGCAAAUCCUACUGCAACUGGAAUAGACCUAGUAAGCCAAUUAUUUUCUUACCCUGGACACAACAAAGUGUUGUUUUUACCUCCUCUUAUUCAAGWUCGGACUGUAAGGGGCGAGGCUUCAAAGUGAAGUAUAGACCAGUUGACCAAUGGAAUGAAACUUCUACCCUUUGGCCGAUACCAAGAACGAUGAUGAUGACAACGACGACGACUGAAACAAGUUCCGAGUGGUCAGGUAAAACACCCGAUCGCGACAUACAUUGUCUUGUUAUUAAUGACAGUAAAGCCAUGCAUCGUGUACAUUUUCAAUCAUAUUCUCCGAGAGCUUUAUUAGUGCCUUUUGGGCAUCAUCAAAAACGAAAAAAAAAAAGAAAAAAAAUCCAAAUGCAAUGCAUUCCCAAGAGGAUGACUGAAAUAGCAAAAGAACAGGCGGCAACGUGGUUGAUAUAACAAGCCGGGCUAAUGUCAGAUAUUUUUUUGUUAAAUUCAACUAAGAUGGCGGCUAYUGAAUUCGACCAACAAUUCAGGAUGUCUUGCAUAUUGCAGUCAGACAUUCAAUAGCUCAAUGUCACGUGACAUUACGUCAGUGAGAAAGCUAAAAUCUGAAGUAUUCAUCACUAAAACCGUUUGUUCAAUAUUUUGU